UCGAUGGCUCCAAAUAUCAUACCACUCAAAGAUGUCACUCUCACAAGCAAAAACUACACAAUUCAGGCCAUGGUGAUUGAAAAAAACAUUCCAAGAAUGUCAAGAACAAGCUCUUCCCUAUAUCAAAGGAUCAUGUUGCAAGACAAAGAGGAAAACAAAAUUCAAGCAACAAUCUUUGGCUACAACAUCAGAAUUCUGGAAAGUUCACUCAAGUUGUACCAUACAUAUUUCAUAACAAAUGCUGGUGUUACUGCUACUCCAGAAAUCUUCCGCGUUCUGGAAAAUAAGAAUCAAUUGGCAAUCAACGCACGCACACCAGUUGAAGAAAUGCAGAUUGAUGGACUCACAAUGAGGACAAUAAAAUACAACUUCACUCCAAUAGCUGCUCUCUAACAAAUCAGACAACCCGAUCCAAAACUAGGUAAGCCUCUAUACUCAGAAAUUCAAAUAAAUAAUAAAUGAUUCAUAUAUGCAUCAUAUUGCAGAUGUGCUAUUUGCAAUUCUGAAUGUUGGACCACGCAAAUUCAUAAACCAUUCAUAUGUCGUGGAUGUUCGAAUCAUUAA